UUUUAGGAGGGUGCGGACUGUUACUGACUUCAGGAACUCCAUCCCCAUCAUGUUCAAUUCAUGCCAGUAAGAGAUGAAUAACCUGAGAAAGAUCACAAAGAUGACGAGCACAUUUUGUUUCCUCUUCUUCACAUGUCUGGUCACUUGUUGGGCGCAGAGACAAGAUACCAAAGAAUGGUUUGGCGAUGUGGUGUUCUUGGUGGACGACACCGACAGUAUGGGGAGAAGCGAUUUCAGCAGAGUGAAGAAUUUCCUACAAAAUGUGAUAAAACAGUUUGAUGUUGGGAUGGAGAAAUACCGAAUCGGUGUCUCACAGUUCAGCAGUAAAGCCAAGACAAUGAUCUUCCUCAACUCUACUAAGACUGUUGAGACCUUAACCAACCAGAUCGAUAAAGAAAUCACUUACAAAGGCGGGGAGGCCAAAACAAGUUUGGCUCUCAAGAAUGCCUUUGAUGUUCAUUUCAACAAGUCCUCGGGAAGCAGGAGGAAAGAAGGAAUCCCUCAGCUUCUCGUCGUCAUUUCGUCGGAGAACUCUACCGAUGAGCUGCAGAAAACGGUCAGGACCAUGAAAGAUUAUGGCGUCAAAAUCGUUUCAAUUGGACUUAAAAAUGCUGACACCAUGAAAAAUGCUGACACGCAUCACUUCUUCAGCUAUUCUUUCAACGACUUAAGAGCAUCAAUCAGAAAUGUUUCCAGUUUAAUAAAAGAUGAAGUUAACAGUCAAUUUAGGACCAAACAGCAACCAAGAGUGUGUGAGGCCAUAACCAUGGCGGACAUCUUGUUACUUGUCAGCAGCCCAGCCAACAUUAAGCAGCUUAACUUCAACCAUCUGAAGGCCUUCCUCUACAACGUUGUCGGUGCUUUCAAUAACGUUAAUGCUACCAUCAGGAUCGGCAUGGUGACCUUCAACGACACACAGAAAGUGGAGUUUUCCCUUCGAGAUCACAAAGACAUAAGUCAUAUCCAGGACUACAUCAAGAACAUUGCGCACUAUGAGGGAACACCAGACAUAAACACCGGAGCAGCCCUGCGAUUUGUGAAAGAUCAGUUUACAAGGAGUCAUAAUGGUCAGACAGGAGUCCAGCAAGUGGCCAUUGUGAUCACCGACAGGGUCUCCAACGACAGCGUGACCGAGGCUGCGUCUGCUCUCCAUAAAGACGGCGUGGCGGUGUUUGCCGUGGGAAUCAAGGAAGCCAACGAGGCCCACCUGAAUGAAAUCGUUUCAGACACUGAUGAACAUCGGGUAUUUGUGGACACUUUUGUGCAGCUGUCGGCGAUUGAAGAUAAACUGCUGACAACGAUCUGCAAUGACAUCCGCAGAAAAGUCUAUCAAAUCCCAGAAAUAACAAACAUCCUGAAAAAAGGCUGCGUCGAAACAGAAGAAGCAGACAUUUUUUUUGUGGUUGACGGCUCAUUCAGCAUCGACAAGAGUCACUUUACUGAAAUUAAGGAUUUCCUUGUCGACGUAGUGCAAAUGUUUGAAAUAGGGCAGAGUAAAGUUCGGGUCGGACUGGUCCAGUAUGCAGGGGAUCCAUCAAUCGAGUUUAAUAUCGAUGUUCAUAAGACGAAAAACGAUGUGCAGAAGGCCAUCCAGAACAUUCGGCAGAAAACACACACAAGUAAUACUGGGAAAGCUUUAAAUUACACUAUGGAGCUCAUCGCAAAAGCAAAGAACAUUCGCAGUGUGCCGACAUACCUGCUGACACUGACAGAUGGAAGGUCGAAGGACGACGUAACCCAAGUAGCAAUGGCUUUAAGGAGCAGCAAGGUCAAAACCUUUGCCAUUGGUGUGAAAGGUGCGAAUGAGACUCAGCUGCAGGAAAUUGCAGGAUCGAAAGAGGAAGUUUUUUACCUUAACCAAUCCACCCAAUUUAAGGAAAUCAAAAAUAAAAUUUUCCGUGAAAUUUGCACAACGACAGAUUGCACUUCAAUGAGAAAAGCUGACGUUUAUUUUUUGGCUGACAACUCUGGAAGAAUUAGCAAAGAUAGUUUUAAGUUGAUGCAAGCCUUUCUUCGUGACACCAUACAAGCAUUUCCACUGGGAGCGAAUCAAGUUCAGGUUACAAUCGUGAUGUACACCGAAAAUCCUGUCCUGUUAAGAAGAAGUUCUGAGAAGGAUGAUGUGCUGAAGCUCAUUCAGGGAAUGGGACAGCAUUUAGGAACAACCAACACUGGAAAAGCAUUAAGUUACACCCUUCAACUCGUUGAUAAAGCAAAACAAGUCCGGAACGUUCCCACAUUCGUGCUGACCCUAACAGAUGGAAAAUCCAUGGAUGAUGUAGACGUGUCAUCUAAGGCCCUAAGAAGUAAAAAUGUCAAAACCUUUGCCAUUGGAGUGAGUCGCGCCAAUGACACUGAACUUCAGGUGAUCGCAGGCUCCAAUGACACGAGGUUCCACGUCAGCGACUUUAGCAAACUGAAGGAUAUCAAAAACAACGUUGUCCAAAAAAUGUGUCUGCCUGAGGUUUGCAAGAAGGCUGAAGCUGAUAUCAUGUUCUUGCUUGAUGGCUCUGGAAGCAUCGAACCGGAGGAUUUCCAAAAAAUGCUCAGUUUUGUGGAAAGACUCAUGAAGAAGAUAAGCGUUAAGAAUGGCCACACGAGAUUUGGGGCUGUGCAGUACAGUGACGUCCAAAGAGAGCAGUUUCCGUUAUCCAAAGACGUGAACAGCCACGUCGCGAGUCUGAAGAACAUGCACCAGCUCGGCGGGGGAACCCUGAUUGGCAAAGCGCUGACUUCUAUAGACUCAUAUUUUCAAAAAUCAAAGAAGGAACGACCCUUCAUCGGCAGGUACCUGGUCGUAAUCACUGAUGGGGAGUCUCAGGAUGAAGUCGCCGCUCCAGCGUUGGCUUUGCGGAAUAUUGACGUUCAGAUCUCCUCCAUUGGCAUUGGCAAGGUUAAUUUUAAUCAGCUGGUGAAUAUAAGCGGCUCUCAACACCGAGCAUUUUACAUCCACAAUUUUGAUGACCUAAGUAAGACCUUUGAAAACAUUCUUUCAACUCUUUGCACAAGUCAAGGGGAAUGUUCAAGGCUUGGCAUGGCCGACGUCAUGUUUGUAGUCGACUCCUCAGGGAGCAUCGGGGAUGCUAAUUAUCUUUUGAUGAAGAAUUUUAUGAUUUCCUUAGUUAAUCACUCAGAUAUUGGCAGAGAUAAGGUGCAGAUUGGAGCCAUGAUAUAUAGUGCUGAACCUGAGAAAGGCUUCUUAUUGAACGAGUAUCUGAGUAAGAGUUCUGUCACUAAUGCAAUCCUCAGUCUGAGACACUUGAAAGAUACCACAUACACAGCCAAAGCCCUCAACUUCUCCAAAGAUUUCCUGGAAGAGUCAUUUGGGGGCCGCAGAAAUCAAAAUGUGAAACAACUUCUCAUUACCAUCACCGACGGCGAGUCCCACGACAAAGAAAAACUGGAGGACACAGCCAAGUACAUCAGAGACCAAGGAAUUGACACCUACGCGGUUGGAAUAAAGGAGGCAAAGACAGAAGAGCUUAAGAUCAUCGGAGGCAAAGACGAAAACUGGUUUUAUGUGGACAAUUUUGAUAAGCUGCAAGACCUGCAACAAAAAUUUUCUGAAAUAGUAUGCGGUAACACUCCAACAACUUGCAAAACUGAAGUCGACAUCGUGUUUCUUCUUGAUGGCUCAGGAAGCAUUGCGGAAACUGAUUUUAAAAGAAUGCAAAAUUUCACUAAGGACAUCUUGGAAAAUUUCCUCUCGGGAAGUAAUCAGGUCGGUGUGGCGCAGUUCAGCAGCUCUUAUUCCGAGGAGUUUCCACUGACAUUUCUGAAAGGCAGAGAAGCCUUCACUAAAAUCGAUUCGAUACAUAAGCAUGGCGGUGGCACCUUAAUAGGCAACGCUCUUCAUUCCAUCAAACCUCUAUUCACCACUGAGAAGGGCAGUCGGAAGAAUAAAGGAGUUCAGCAGAUUCUGAUCGUCAUCACAGACGGAGAUUCCCAAGAUUCGGUGGAGGAACCGGCGAGAGAUUUGAGAAAUGACAACAUUUUCAUGUACGCAAUAGGAAUAGGAGCCGUUAAACAAAAGCAGUUGGACCUCAUAUCCAGCACACGUGAAACAACGUACAAACUGAACAAUUUUAUGGAGCUGUCGAAUAUCAAGAAACGAGUAACUCGUGACAUUUGUGACCAGCCAGCCAAACCUUCAAAUUGCACUAUGGAUAUCGUAGUUGGCUUUGACCUUACACGCAAUGUACAACAAACUUCCCUGUUUGCCAACCAAGAUAAUCUGAAGGCUCUUCUACCUGAGAUUUUAAGAACUAUCUCCUCCAUUAAAAAUCUCAGUUGUAUUCCAGGAUCUCAGCCAAGAAUCAGUUUUGGAUUUCAGGUUCCAGAUGCACAGCAGGAAUACGAGUUUUCAUUCAAACUUUAUAACGAAGACAUGUUUCCAGAAUUAGAGAAAAUGGUAAUCAGUGGCGGAGCCAAAUUAAACGUACAGUUCUUAAACACGCUAUGGGACAGGUUUGACGAACAAACGGAGACGGUGUCCAAGGUGCUCCUGCUUUUCACAGAUGGAUUGGAUGAAGAAAUUGAAGCCCUUGAAGAUAAAGUCGAGCAGCUCAAGAACAAAGGACUCAGUGCUCUUGUUACUGUUGCUCUGGAAGGAGCUUCAAGGAUCGACGAUAUUCAUCACCUUGAUUUUGGAGGAAGAUUUCCAUACGUGCCUCAAUUAACCAUCGACAAUCCUUCGAUAAGCAUCUUAUUGAACCGAAUACUCGACACCGUUGCCGAAAGGGCCUGCUGCUGUGCUUUCUGCAAAUGUAUGGGCACCAGAGGACCCAUCGGCCCAUACGGACAAGUUGGAGAAAAGGGACACAUAGGACGUGUGGGAAAUCAAGGCCACCCUGGUGAAGAAGGCUCUCCGGGAGGAAGGGGUCCGCCUGGUGUGACUGGACUUGCAGGAUCUCAAGGAUGUAACGGAAGAAUUGGACAGAAGGGAUCCCGAGGCAUCUCAGGUGAAAAGGGACAAAAUGGCGAAGAUGGCUUGGACGGUAUUUCAGGACAGGAGGGAGACCAAGGGCAUUCUGGGCAAAAAGGAGAAAUCGGCCACUUUGGAAAAACGGGAAGUCCUGGUUCAAGAGGAACACCAGGAACUCGAGGAGAACCUGGCCUACGUGGGAAUCCAGGUGACCCUGGAUCUCAUAAUGAUGUUCCUGGACCAAAAGGGGCGCAAGGCAAACGUGGUCUGCAGGGCGAGUCUGGUAUCGAUGGGAAGCCUGGUCCGAAUGGAGAACCGGGACAGCAGGGGCCGGAUGGUCGCAGAGGUCAGCUUGGAAUUAAGGGUAACAGUGGAAAUGUUGGCUUGCAAGGUCCAAAAGGAGAGCAAGGAAUGAGAGGCUCCCAGGGUCCUAAAGGCAACCAGGGGGAUCCAGGACCACUUGGAGAGCUGGGACUCAAAGGACCCCAGGGUUCACGCGGGCCUGAAGGACCAAAUGGCAGUCGAGGUAAUGCGGGACAACGAGGACUGAAAGGUGAACCUGGCAUUCCCGGUCUCAAAGGUGCCCCUGGGACAGCUGGACCCCGAGGAAUUCAGGGUGAAGAUGGUUCUGAUGGAUAUGGAGAGAAAGGCAUAAAGGGAAAAAAAGGAGACCCCGGGUUUCCAGGGCUGCACGGGCUACAGGGAAGUGAUGGUGAACCAGGUGAUCCAGGAGAUAACGGGCCAAAGGGGAAUCGAGGAAAGAGGGGCUUAGGCGGCGCACCUGGUGAUAGCGGAGCUCCUGGAGAGCCAGGGUACCGGGGACAUAAGGGUGUGAAAGGAAAACGUGGAGGACUACCAAGAUCUGAAUGUGAGACGAUCCGCUUCAUCCGUGAGCAGUGCUCUUGUUAUCGAGGAGAAGAUCGCUGCCCAGUGUACCCUACAGAAUUGGUGGUGGCCUUUGAUAUGUCGGACGGAGUCUCCCAAAAGUCGUUCAACACAAUGAAGAAGAUCACGCAGUCCCUUUUAGAAGACGUAGCCAUCAGUGAAAGCAACUGUCCGACCGGGGCGCGUGUGUCUGUUGUGUCUUACGACUCCUCGGCGAGACACUUGAUUCACUUUUCCGAUUUUCAUAGUAAAAAGCUGCUUCUACAACAAAUUAGUAAUAUCACCCUGGAAACAUCCAGCAAUAAGCGGAAUAUUGGGGAAGCCAUGAGGUUCGUUGGAAGAAACACCUUCAAGCGCGUUCGGAAAGGACUGACGGUGAAAAAGGUGGCAUUGUUUUUUGCAGAGAGUUCAUCCCUUGAUUCAGUUUCCACAAGCACAGCUGCUCUGGAACUGAGCGCUAUGGACGUGUACACCUCGGUCCUCGCUUUCACAGACCUGCCAAGGCUCCGAAAGAAUUUUGUGAUCGACCCCUCAAGGUUUCAGUUUCUCUCAAUUCCCCAGCGUGAAAGUGACAUACAGGCGAGAUUAAACACCCUCAAAGACUGCCUGCUGUGUUAUGAUCCAUGCAGCCCAAAUCCCAUCUGCACCGACAGGAACACAAAGAGCUCCAUUGAUCUCGACAUGGACGUCGCCUUUCUUGUGGACAGCUCGAGAGCGAUGAGAAGCGAUGACUAUGAACGGUCGAGGCUUUUCCUGCACAGUCUACUCGAUGAGAUCGAUGUGUCAGCCCAGCCCAGGGCGCCAAGCAAAGGGGCACGGGUGGCACUGUACCAGCACACUGCACCAGGCUUCACUCCCAGUAACGCCUCACAAGUUCCAGUCCAAGAGGAAUUCAACUUUUUCUCGUACACCGACAAGAACAGGAUGAAGGCGCACAUCAUGGAGUCCAUGCGACACGUCCAAAGCUCUUCUGCAGUCGGAUACGCCCUCGAACACAUCGUCAACAAUGUCUUCUCGAAGUUAUCAAAAGUCAGGACUACCAAAAUUCUGUUUGUCCUCUUGGGUGGAGAGACCAGCCCUUGGGACUUCCAGAAACUGGAGGACAUUUCAAGGCAAGCCAAGUGCAAAGGCUUCACAAUUUUCACCUUGGCCUUUGGGGAGCACAUCAACGACACGCAGGCAGAGCUGCUCGCCAGCAUCCCGGCGGCCCACCACUUGUGUCACUCGGGGCGAAUUGUCGAGCCGGACAUGAGCUACGCCGUGAGGUUUGCUCGAGCCUUCUUCGGCCUCUUUCCCAAAAAAAUUAACACGUACCCCACAAAGGUCUUUGAGAAGAAGCACUGUGGAAAAGAACAGCAAGACGACGGGUCCCAGGUCUCAUCACUGGAAAGAAUGUCGUCUUCUGAAGAUCAGCAUGUCCAAUUACCAAAGAUGGACCCCCCAGGUGUAAUGAAUGACCAAGCGCAGGAGUCAAAGGAGCAGCCGGCAGCAGAGCAGCCGAACAUCGAGCAGACGACUGAAAAGGAAGAUCCGAAGGGCAAAGCGGCCACGAUAAAUCCCUGUUUGUUGCCAAAGGUUGCUGGGACUCCCUGCAAAGGACAACUUAAAGUCCAGUGGUAUUUCAACAAAAGCUCUCAGACGUGCAUCCCUUUCUGGUACAGAGGCUGUGGUGGCAACGCAAAUCAAUUUGAGGCCAAAUCCCGGUGCCUCGAGGUGUGCGCCAUCUUAGGUCAGCUCUCCCUUAAGAGUACAGCGGCCUGAUGAGAAGCGUUUCGAUUCACGGACCAAGCCUGUGUGGCCCACUGCCUGCCUGGAUUUGAUGCCACUGUCACCCUGCAUGUUGCCAGCUGCUCUCUGUUUGCCCACUGGUGGGCUUGAUAAGGACGCGGUGUGGACGAUGACCUUUAGUUCCAUGGACACAGACGGUGGGUGACUUUCAAGGGGCUCCUUCUGAUUCCUUUUUUUUUUUUUGGACUAUAAUGAGCACCAUACUAGACGUCCCCUCUCAUACAGUCAUAAUAAAUACCGUGGACUGCCAUCAAGUGGACACCUGUGUGCCUUUCAUGCUAAUUUAAACCAAAAUGUUUUCUCGGCUGUUACUCGGGUUUUUGAAGCGCAGAAUAUUCCACGUUUGUCUGCACCAGAAAGUUUCUAUCCAUGGUACAUUGUGUUUUCUAAAGGAUUUGUGUUUUGUUAUAUGUCUUUAAUUAAAACAAAGAAAUAUAUUGAAUUUAAAA